AUGACUUCGUCUAAAAAGCGAUCCAUCCUUAUCACAGGGUGCUCUCAAGGUGGAGCAGGCAAUGCUUUGGCAUUGGAGUUCGCGGCUCGCGGCUUUCGCGUCUUUGCAACCGCCCGGUCACUGAAGUCUAUGACGAACCUGACAGAGAAGGGUAUUGAGACCCUUACUCUAGAGGUUACGGGGCGCGAAAGCAUUGCGGCUUUAAAGGCCGAGAUCAGCACGCGUACUGGUGGCAAACUUGACAUGUUGUUCAACAAUGCCGGCACGAUGUACGAAGCUCCAGCUCUUGAAGCCGACCCCGUCCGCAUCCGGCAAAUGUAUGACACGAAUGUAUUCGGCCUUUUCGAUGUAGUGGCGGCCUUCACACCUCUGCUGAUAGCCGCGGUCCCGAAUGCUGAUCACACACCGACUAUUGUGAACGUCGCCUCAAUUCUCGCACGACUACCAUUUCCCUUUGCAUCGGCGUACAAUUCUUCCAAGGCAGCCGUGUCUUCCUACUCAGAUACUUUACGACUGGAGCUCAGUCCACUGGGUAUUCGAGUCGUCACCUUAUUCAUGGGAGAGGUCUCUACGGGGCUCAUGUCUGCUGAUAAUAUCAGUUUUGGACCCAACAGCUUGUACGCCGACCUUGAAGCAAAGACCAAGGAAAGGUCUCUUGAACAUUCUAAGAAAUCCAUCCGCCCACAACCCUUCGCCCAGCAGGUUGCAGAUGCCGUCUUGAAACAAAAAUCCAACUACGUCUGGAAGGGUACCAACGCCAUUUUAAUUUGGUUCCUCAACGCAUUUGGUCCUAGGAAGGUGUUUGACUCCACCAUGAAUAGCUCUGUGGGGCUUGAUCAAGGGGAAUUGUGCAAGAAAGUUUACGAGAGAGGUCAGAAGCUCGUUGACGGUCAAUGA